CAUCUGAUUUGUGGACUUCUUUGACUACUGAUGGAUAUAUGUGUCUCACAGCACAUUUUAUUGACAAGAAUUGGGUUUUAACUAAAAGGGUGUUAAACUUUUCAUUCAUGCCCCCACCACAUAAUGGUAUAUCUUUGUGUGAAAAGACGUAUAAUUUGCUAGAAGAGUGGGGGAUUGAGACCAAGGUUUUCAGUAUAACAUUGGAUAAUGCUUCUUCUAAUGAUGUUUGUGUUGGUUUAUUAAGAAAUCAAUUGAACAUAAAGAUAGCCCUUGUUUGUGAGGGCGGGUUUUUUCACAUUCGUUGUUGUGCACACAUUCUUAAUUUGAUAGUUCAAGAUGGUUUGAAAGAGAUUGAUAGUGCUCUUCAAAAGAUCCGUGACAGUGUGAAGUAUGUUAGAGGAUCACAAAUGAGAAAACAAAAUUUCCUUUUGGCUGUGAAUAAAAUGUCAUUGGAUAAUAGAAAGGGGUUAAAACAAUAUGUGCCAACCAGAUGGAAUUCUACAUAUCUUAUGCUUGAGACUGCUAUUCAUUAUCGGAGUGCUUUUAGUUAUUUAGAGAUGAUUGACUCAAACUAUAAGCAUUGCCCUACUGCACCUGAGUGGGAACAAGCGACUCAUAUAUGUUGUUUUUUGGCUCCUUUUUACCAUGCUACAUGUGAGUUUUCUGGUACCAAGUAUCCCACAGCCAACCUCUACUUUCCUGUGAUCUAUGACAUUUAUGUAACCUUGAAGGAAGAAGUUGAGAGCGAAGAUGAAUAUAAGAGAUUAAUGUCAACACAAAUGCUCUCUAAAUUUGAGAAAUAUUGGUCAGAAUUUAGUGUAGUAUUGGCUAUUGCAGUUGCGUUGGAUCCUCGUUACAAGCUUGAACUUGUAAAUUUCUGUUAUACGAGGCUUUAUGGAGUUAAUAAUUGUAGAGAGUAUUGUCAUGUUCGUGAUAAAAUGAUCUAUCUUUUUUUGGAGUACGGUGGUUCCUCAUCUACAUCUUCAAGUGCCAUAUCUCUUGAUACAAGAAAUGUUAAUUCUCAAGCAUCCCAACCACAAGUCAAGGCUGUCAAGCGGACUUCUGCAACGAUGAAGACUGAUAAUUGCUGAGGAUGGAGAUUUUGACAUUCUUUCCUAUUGAAAAGGAAAUGAAUGUCGUUAUCCUAUAGUAGCUGCUAUGGCUCGUGAUAUUUUGAGUAUUCCUAUUUCCACGGUUGCUUCAGAAUCUACAUUUAGUGUUGGUGGACGUGUAAUUGAUCAAUAUAGGAGUUUGUUCAAACCUGAUAUUGUUGAGGCACUAAUAUGCACUCGGGAUUGGUUAUUUGAAGAGGAAGAAUUGACACAAAUGAAUGUUGAAGAGCUUGAAGAAGAUAUUUUGACUUUGAAUCUCAAUUCCAAUGAUGUUCCAAUUCCAAGUUCAUCAGGAACAGCUUCUAUUAAUAUUCCUUGACAUUGGCUUAUAUGUGGAUGCGUUCUUUUUAUAGGGUUUGUUUUAAUUAUGGGUUUUGUUUUGCCCUUACGAACUGAAACUGAAUUAUGUAACUUAUGUUUUGCCCUUA